UUUAUGAUUUUCCUUAGUACCCUGCAGUAGCACCUGGUGCAAUUAUUAUCGCAAAAGUGAUGUUUGAUCGGCAUUUAAAAUGCACUUAAUAAUAACAAAGUUAGGUAAAUCAAGUAGGAACGUUUUGUUGCGUGAUACAAAAAUAUAUCAACUCUUUAUUCUCUUAAUUAUAGUACAUUACGAUAAUUACUUGUUUGUGACAGUUUAGGUACUUCUUGCAUCGUAUUCCUAUAUGAUGCAUUAUACGUUAUAAAACAUCAAGUAUAAUUAAUGUUAUACACAUGCCGUCCUCGAGGGCGUAUAAGAUUGUAUAUUUUUCCUAUUCAGAAUUAUGAAAGUCUCAUGCUAUGGUGCGUUCGUAGCGUUUGAGGGUCAGUCGCAAAGAGAAUAUUUUUUCAAGUGACCCAAUUUUGAAUUUCCGACUAAAGAUGAUGGACCAUUUGGUGAGUACCGUUCGAGAAUAAUCCUCUAAGGGUGCAGAAAAGUGGCCAAAUGUCGAGCACCGGUCUAUUUUUUUGUGCUUUUUUAAUCAAUCAUUCAUAACAGGUAGCUUGGUGUGAGAGGCGUGAGGGGAUCUCUGCUCUCUGCCAGACUGCUGCCCUCCCAUCUAGCAGGAUUGGUUACAAGUUCUUUUGAAAAGUCUUCAGUGUUCGACCGAGCUUUCAACGCUUUCAACGGACUUGAUUGCACGUCGCAAUCAAUGAACCGAGGAGAAUUUAAAAAUCAUUACUAAAGUUUUACCGAUAGCCUAAGGUUUUUAGUUACAAUUUUCGAGCCUUGAAAUCACUGGUACUCAAUGAAUUCCGCUAUUGUUAAUCUCGAGCAAAGCGUGCGAGAGGCUAAUGGAAAAUUGGAUAUGAUCACAUGGCAAAUUGAGACGUUUGAGAAAGAAUGUCAAGACCCGGACAACGAGGUAUCUGUGCUCAGACUCUUGCGUUCAGUGACUCAGGUAAAGGAGGAAUAUCAAACGUUACGCCGUGACAUCCUAGAAGUCCAACAGCUUCAAAAGCAGCUGGCCGAUUCGUUGAAAAUGCAGCUUUCUCAGGUCCAAGGUCAUUUUAAUAUUUUACGUGAUAAAAUAUUAGGUCAAAAGCCAACCCCACAGCUAAAGUAAAACUGGAAGUAGCUGCUGAUAAAAUUGAAUCCUACAAGUCACUUGAUUUUUCAUUCUAAAGAUCAUUAUGAUUGUAUUUUAAAACAAUAUUCAAUUCCAUAACUAGCCUCAAAAUUAUAUGAGGAAAUGAAAGGCUACAAAAUAUCAGAAGAUCGUCCUUACCUGUUACCAUCAUAGAUACUUCUAUGUCUUGCUGGUUGAUUUUUGUACGCUUCGGAUCAAGUGGAAUCCCUUUCAUAUUUGACAAAUAAUACAUUUAAUAUGUACUUUUUAUUUGUGGUGUUGGGGCCAAUCACAGUGGAUAAUUUUUUUGAACUUGAUAAAAUACAACCAGUGAGAUUUAAAAGAACAUCUUAAAGUUGGUAUAUUUUCACGACAUUUCGAUCGAAAAUAGAUCCUAUAUACUUACAAAAAAUAUGUAGCAUCAAACUUCUGAUAAUUAUUAACUGGGUUUCCCAAAAUUUUCGCCCAAUGGUGAGCAUCUUUGUGUCUUAAAACAUUCCAAAUGGAAUAUGCAAUACUGUGCUGUGGCUAGUUAUUCCAUUAUCAUCGGCAAACAUGGAAAAAUUUCGCCGGUUUGUUUAUUAUGUUCGGUAGUCCAUGUCCAUUUUUAUGAUUGGUUCAUUCAAUUUUAACACAAGCUCCAGGCAGUAAUUUCAUUGCAAUAACUCCUCUUAUCAGACCUUGUUACAUUAUAGGUACUGAAUGGGUAAAGUGAAUCCGAGUUGUUGUUUCUGUAUGAUUAUAAGCAUUCUUCGGGUAUGUCACAUUGUUGAAAUGCCUGAUUAUUGUUUUAAAUCCAUUCAUUUAUUGUUAGCUUUAUGCCAAUGCUACACAAAAUUACUUCCAAUCGAUUUCUAUAUUACAUUUUUAGCCACCCAUACAGUAUUUUAACUUAAAUAUAUGGAUCUGAGCACCCUGUUCCAAAUAGCUAUGGUGUCUGCUGUGGAUCUAUUUAUAAUGAUAACCAAACCUAGUCUCUCAACUAAACGAUCAAAACAAGUUAAAUUGAAUUGCACAUCAAAUAAUCUCACUAACAAAUUUAAUUGUGCCAAUUUAGGAAAUCUAAUAAAAGUUACAAACUUUCAUUUUGAGCAGAGAUAAAAUAUAAAAUUGAUAUUGCCUUAAAACAUCGGUACGCAUUUGAAAGGCUGUGUGUACUAUGUUCUACAAUUACCUACUACUUAUAUACCGAAUACCAAUUAUCUAUUACUGUAGUAAGAAUAACGUUAUUUAUUUUCAAGUAUAUUAAUCUAAUUAUAUACAUGUAUUACUGUAUUAACAUACUAGAUGUAGCAAAUCUAUGAUAUAGCUAACGGUCUUCCCAUGGGAGUAGUGAUAGUUUACAAGAGUGAAAUUAAUGGGCACCAUAUAAUGAAAUUUCUGGCUACUAGAAUCAAUCCUUAAUCCUUAGUUUUACCACUCACUCAAGCUCUUUCUUUUCCACGUAGCUAAUUUGUGUUCUCAUACCUAAUUUAUAUUUUUUCUAUAAUUCGGUAUUACUUGAGUAUACAGUUUUCGAUGAUUAUUAAUUUUGAUAGUUUUUUGACAUUCAUUUUCGGUUUAAAAAAUACGUUUUUCACCCAGCCUACCAAGCAUCGAGAAAAUACUAAUUAUAAGUAAAGAAUGGUCUGCAACACAUUCAAAAUGUGCCAAACUUUUGGUCAAUUAGAAUAAUGUAUCGUGUCUACAUUAAGUAGAUUUGAAAAAUCUGCAUUAGUCUAGUCUACAUAUCACAUGGUAGCCUUUGGUGUUUAAACAUCCUAUCUGAUAACUAUAGAAAUGAGGAUAUUGAUUGCCCAUCUUUAUUGUGCAAUAUUCGUAGUUGAUGACAUCUUAGGAAAUGUAUCUUCUUGCGAAUAAAUCUGUUACAGUUUAUCUGCGCACAACACAUUAUUUCAUUCUUCUUUUCAUGAUACGUAUCUAAAAUAAUGUAUUUUAUUUCAUCUAGUUAUGUCUAAUGAAAUAUACUACUGAAAAAAAUAAAAGGGCCACCCCAAGAAGGUCCAGCCAUCUCGUAGUAACCCUUCGAUUUUGAUAGGUAGUAUAGUUCAAGGAUUGUUGAAUCACCCAAUUGUAAUAACGACACUAAAUUACAGUAUUGUAAUUGUGAUUGCUCAACAUUUCAAUAUACGUUUAAUAUUCGUGGAACCACACAGAAUCUGUAUCUUUAUAGAUAUUUACGAUAUUAUUAAAAAAUAUGCUGUUAUCUA